AAAGAGAACCCUCUCGUCUGCCCAUCAAGUCGGCUACAAGUUGAGGUCAAGCUGUUUGUUAAAGGAAAGUACUUAAGACGAGGGAAGAAGAAAAUGCUGCCUCAGAAGAUGAAGAGCUUCGUUGCGGAAAACCCAAAGAAAUUAGGAAACUUAAUUAACCUAGUUAAUCUCCCUUCAGCACUAAAAGACUUCAUGGGUCAGUCCCAGACGUCGCGUUUGGGUUGUUUCAAGCGUAUUUGGUCAUACAUCAAGGAGAACAAUCUCCAGGAUCCAAAUAACAAGAACAUAGUCAACUGCGAUGAAAAACUGAAGAGCAUUCUGUUGGGCAAGUCCCAGGUUGAUCUGGCUGAACUUCCUGCACUCAUCAAGUUGCAUUUUCCUAAAGCCAACUCAAAAUGAUUGCUAUUAUUCAAGUAUUUUAUGAGCCUGAGAAGUGCACCAAAACUCAAACUACUGAUCUUUAUGGGAAGAGAAGAUUGAUUCAUUUUUCAAUUCAUUACCAGUUGGAAGAGGUUGAGCUCUCUCUCUAUCCCUAUCAAUUGUUGACAACACAGAAUGCUGGUUUUGGGCAUGCUUUUAGCAGCCUCCAUAGCCUAGGGCAAUGAUCAAAGCUGUGUUUCUUUGUUGUGUGACCAUUGCUUUUAUUGUAAAAGAACUGAUAUUGCUUUCUGAUGAACAUACAUAUCAUUGAGCUUAUAUUUACAUUUUGAUAUCAGAAGUCAAAAAAUGCAGGAUGCAUUAUACAUUUAUACA